CGUCUUUGUAGGGCGCGAGAGGCAAGACGAUUAGUCAACCCCAAGCGUGGAAGUGAGGAUGAUGUCAACAUAGUUUGGCUCCGGCUGCGAGGCUACAAUUUCAUUUUACCUUAGCUUUUCUCGCUUCUCCAGGUGCGGUCAGUUUUUUUUUUAAAUCCAGGACGAAGAAGUGGGAAGAAAAAAGUCAUGGAUCGAAGGAGAGAAUUAAGAACAAGCUAGCGCCUUUGGGUGGGAGAACAAGCCGGGAAGAAGCCGCGGUGGCCGGACGGGGCAGAGCGACAGGAUGGGGAUGGAUUUUAGCACUCUCCGGACCCUUAUCAGCAGAUAUUGCGUGGGUGAGGAGAACUGGGUGGACAGCAGGACGGUCUACAUCGGGCACAAGGAGCCUCCUCCAGGAGCUGAAGCCUUCAUACAGCAAAGAUUCCCAGACAACCGAAUAGUGUCCUCCAAGUACACAUUUUGGAACUUCAUCCCCAAGAAUAUGUUUGAGCAGUUCAGGAGGGUCGCCAACUUCUACUUUCUCAUCAUAUUUCUGGUUCAGCUGAUAAUCGACACGCCCACCAGCCCAGUCACUAGUGGACUUCCGCUCGUCUUUGUCAUCACUGUCACAGCAAUCAAACAGGGUUAUGAGGACUGGCUGAGACACAAAGCCGACAACGCCGUCAACCAGUGUCCUGUCCACGUGGUGCAACAUGGCAAAGUGAUCCGCAAGCAGAGUUGCAAGCUACGGGUGGGAGACAUUGUCUUUGUAAAGGAAAACGAGUCGUUCCCCUGUGAUCUCAUCCUGCUCUCUUCAUCACGAGACGAUGGGACCUGCUAUGUCACCACAGCCAGUCUGGAUGGGGAAAGCAGCCACAAGACGUACUACGCAGUGCAGGACACCAAAGCGUACAAUUCCGAAAAGGAGGUGGACACCAUCCAUGCUACCAUAGAAUGUGAACAACCACAACCAGACCUGUACAAAUUUGUGGGCCGCAUCAACAUCUACAUGGACAACGAGCCUGUGGCAAGGCCACUAGGAUCAGAGAACCUCCUUCUCAGAGGAGCCACACUGAAGAACACGGAGUACAUUUACGCGACUGCCAUCUACACUGGGAUGGAAACAAAGAUGGCUCUUAACUACCAGUGCAAGUCUCAGAAGCGCUCUGCCGUCGAAAAGUCAAUGAACGCCUACUUGGUGGUCUACCUGUGCAUUCUCAUCAGCAAAGCCCUCAUCAAUACUGUCCUCAAAUAUGCGUGGCAGGCUGACCCCAGCAGAGACGAGCCCUGGUACAAUGAGAGGACGGAGGCAGAGAGGCAGAGACACAUAGUGAUCAGGGCCUUCACAGACUUCCUGGCCUUCAUGGUUCUCUUCAACUACAUUAUCCCCGUUUCCAUGUACGUCACCGUGGAGAUGCAGAAGUUUCUUGGCUCCUAUUUCAUCAUGUGGGAUGAUGAGAUGCUGGACGAGGAGCUCGGGGAGAGAGCAGUGGUCAACACGUCAGACUUGAAUGAAGAACUGGGCCAGGUGGAGUACGUGUUUACUGAUAAGACAGGCACGCUGACGGAGAACAACAUGGAGUUCAUUGAGUGUUGUGUAGACGGACACGUUUAUGUAGCCCAAGCAAUCUGUAAUGGACAGGUGAUGCCUGGUGCGGCUAGUAUGGACAUGAUUGACACAUCACCAGGUCCCGAGGCCAGGGAGCACGAGGAGCUGUUCUUCCGGGCGCUGUGCUUAUGCCACACUGUGCAGGUGAAAGAGGAAGAGACGGUAGACGGCAUCAAGCACGGCAUCCACCAAGGAAAGUCAACUUCCUUUUACAUAUCGUCAUCCCCAGAUGAGGUGGCGCUGGUUGAGGGCAUGAAGAGGCUCGGUUUCACAUAUUUAAGACUCAAGGACAGUCACAUGGAGAUAUUGAACAGAGACGAUGAAAUUGAGAGGUUUGAGCUACUCCAAGUUCUGACGUUUGACUCAGUCAGGCGGAGAAUGAGCGUCAUUGUCAGGGCCAGCACUGGUGAGAUCUACCUGUUCUGCAAAGGAGCAGACUCCUCCAUCUUCCCAAGAGUCAUCUCGGGCAAGGUGGAUCAGGUCAGAGCUCGGGUGGAGCACAAUGCAGUGGAGGGUCUGAGAACGCUGUGUGUGGCCUAUCGGCCGCUCAGUCCAUCACAGUACCAGGAGGUCUGCCUCAAGCUAAGCGGGGCCAAGUUGGCACUCCAGGACCGGGACAAACAACUGGCGGAGGCUUAUGACCUCAUUGAGAAAGAUCUCAUCCUGCUAGGAGCCACUGCCGUGGAAGACAGGUUACAAGAAAAAGCGGCAGACACCAUCGAGUCUCUGCACAAAGCCGGGAUGAAGGUGUGGGUACUGACCGGUGACAAGAUGGAGACGGCAGCCGCUACCUGCUACGCCAGCAAGUUGUUUCACCGCAACACGCAGAUCCUGGAGUUGACCACCAAGCGCACCGAGGAGCAGAGCCUUCACGAUGUCCUGUUUGACUUGAGCAGAACCGUCCUCAGGCAGCACGGUGGCUGGAGCAGGGACAUCUCUGGUUUAUCAGGUGACUACUCCGACUACGGUCUCAUCAUCGAUGGAGCCACACUUUCGGCAGUGAUGAAGCCUGUCCAGGGGGACUCCAACUCAGGGAAUUACAAAGAGAUUUUCCUGGAAAUCUGCCGCAACUGCAGCGCCGUCCUCUGCUGUCGAAUGGCACCCCUUCAGAAAGCACAGAUUGUGAAGCUGAUCAAAACAUCGAAGGAGCAUCCCAUCACACUUGCCGUCGGCGACGGAGCAAAUGAUGUCAGCAUGAUCCUCGAGGCCCACGUUGGCAUUGGUAUCAUGGGGAAGGAGGGCCGUCAGGCAGUGAGGAACAGUGACUACGCCAUCCCAAAAUUCAAACACCUCAAGAAGAUGCUGCUUGUCCAUGGACACUAUUACUACAUACGCAUCUCUGAGCUUGUACAGUACUUCUUUUACAAGAACGUCUGUUUCAUCUUUCCCCAGUUCCUAUACCAGUUUUUCUGUGGUUUCUCACAGCAGCCGCUGUAUGAUACGGCGUACUUGACUCUGUACAACAUCAGCUUCACCUCACUGCCCAUUCUGCUCUACAGUCUUGUUGAGCAGCACAUCAACAUGGACAUCCUCAAGAAGGACCCGUCUCUGUACAGAGACAUUGCCAAGAACUCGCUACUGCGGUGGCCCAGCUUUAUAUACUGGACUGUCUUGGGUGUCUAUGACGCCGUUGUGAUGUUCUUUGGUGCUUACUUCCUGUUUGACAACACCACCUUCACCAGCAACGGACAGCUAAUGACAACCAACACACAGAUGAUGUUUGGAAACUGGACCUUCGGGACGCUGGUGUUUACUGUGCUGGUCUUCACGGUGACAUUCAAGCUGGCCCUGGAUACCCAUUACUGGACCUGGAUCAACCACUUUGUCAUAUGGGGCUCGCUGAUCUUCUUUGUUGUCUUUUCUCUGCUGUGGGGAGGAAUCAUCUGGCCUUUCCUCAACUACCAGAGGAUGUACUACGUCUUCAUGCAGAUGUUGUCCAGCGGCCCAGCCUGGUUCAGCAUAGUUCUUCUGAUCACAGCCAGCCUUUUACCAGACGUGCUGAAGAAAGUCACUUGUAGGGCGCUGUGGCCCACCACAACUGAACGUAUCCAGAAUGCUGAUAAACUCUAUAGGGGUCAGCUUUCAGAGUUCACCCCCCUGGACCGCCGUCAGAGUUCCAGCGACCGCAGGAACAUGCCUCACCCUACAAGGUCUGAAUCUUUUACCAAGAAAGUCAUGUUGACUCGCUGGCAAAAACCACCAGACUACUGCACCUUCGCACCCCUGCUGGGAUUUACCGAUGCCACGCCCUCCUGCAAUGGGGCGGGGCCAGAGACCUCUGUUUAAUGUAAUGACGUGUAUUUGUACUGUGGUUAAAAAAAACACAAACCGGGUCAGAGCCUGCAAAAUCAAGCUGCAGGCUAAUCCAAUGUAUCGGUGUCACUGAGCUUAGCAGUGUGUGUGUAACCCAUGCACUGGGUUGAAAGUGACCUUCACCACUGUUCCCAAGUCAGCAGCCAAGUAUGUCACAAAGAAUUAUGGGAUGGUUCCGCGUCCGACAAAGGGCUCAGUGUCACUGCAUCAAAGCGCAAACCUUUUUUUUUUCUUGAUUAUCACUGGAAACAUGCGCACCGGCCCUUUAAGUCUGAAGUGCAAUUGGAUCACUGGAGUAGAAUUUGUAUGUUUUCUUUUUUUGUGCUGAUGUUGGCUGAAACUGUGAUGAUGAUGAUGAUGAUGAUGACAACCAACAGCCUCUGUGCUCUGUGUCUUCAUAGGACUAACUGGUCAUGCCUGCAUGCAAACACAUUGUCCCGAAACACUUCAUAGGAAUCACUGCAGCUGUGUAAGGAGGAUGUGUCUUAAGAUGGCUGACGCCUGUCUUUACAUACUACACUUCUACGUGUCCUAUAGGCAGCUUGUGGUAUUGUGCUUUUGUCUACAGUAGACAUUAGAAACUGCAUGGUGGUCCUCGGGUUACUUACGCGAUCCGUUCCUAGACUGUGUAAGAUUAUUAUCAUUACAACUUUGGAGCAAGUUUAUUAGCGCAAUGUAUUUUUAAUCGAAUAUCUUCUCAUAGAAGGCCUUCCUGUCACACACUCACAUAGCACAAUCAGAAUUGCACAACACCUACAUUUGACAAAAAUACUGGAAGAGGCAGACACACAAUAGAUAGAAUACUACUACGGGUUAAAUUUAUAUUUAAAUAAUGGUGGUUAAUGUAUAUUAACCAAGCUACAGUAGCAGCUAACACGGAAUACUAUUGUUAACAUCAUUCAGACGGAAGAGUGGAUACCUAACUCACAAUUUUGCUACGACGACUCAACAAGAUGUUCGUUUGUUGUCAGCAUUUUUUACCUGAGGACUGGAGCACACGUCUUGUGCUGGCAGACGCAGCCAUCCCAAGGAAAGUGAACAUAGUAAGUGUUGUCGCUGUAUCUAUGUUACUGUUGUUGACAGAACUAGCAUACGCUCCUGGGCUAAAUCCAAGCACCUAGGAAAGAAGUUUGAGUAAUGUUUUAAAUAAUUAAAAUACAGCAAAUUAGCAUUAAUACUACAUUUUCUAAUCAAUGGAGUUGUUAAUGCAUGAUCACAGUAUAUCAAAUCAAAGGGCUUUGCAGUUGAAAUAAGUACCCCCCAAUGAUGUGUAUUGUUAGCUAGCUCAUAAGAAACUAGUUUUCCUUCGUUAGAAAACAGAGAAAACGGAGAUGUGUUCAGAGUACAGUUUUCUUUUAAGAGUACUUUGCGAUUUUAGAGGGCGAUUUAUUACUACUUUGAGUACUUUCUGGUUCAUGGGGGGUGGGGUGGUUUAUGUGUUACUUGGACUACUUUGUUUCGUGGCGGAUGGGUUUAGUACUCAGUCGGGACGGUGUGACUGUGUACAUAGUCUAUUCUUCCGCCGUAACUAUUCAAGCGAGUCUCGAAUUUGACGGAGCGUAAACCGAGGAUCACCCGUGAAAUGAAGUUCACCUCUAAAGGUUAGAUUGCAUUUUGGAUUUAUCCUGUUUUUGUGAGUAGUAGCAUAUCGUGACAGCACUUUUAGUUUAGUCAUGGCCUCCCUUUUUUCCUAGUGAAACUUCCUCUGUCGUUGUUAGCCGUGUGUAUUGCUUGCUAGCGGUCUGUGAUUGCCUUCACGUUGUGUUGCGUUCGAGUGCAGCUGGUUGACUGCACUUUCGCGUGUUUGUACGUGACGUGAAAAGCCAACACGUGAGCGGUAUAGAUUUUUGGAGUAUUAACUUUGAAAUAUGCCAAUGUAGCCAACAGCCACUUUCGGUUUCAAGCACAUCCUCUCCUGUCUUUCCUUCUAGAUCGUUCUCUCUCAUUCUCUUUAUCCUCCCCGCUAUCCUCCUGUCUUCGUCUCUGUGGCGAUGGCGACUCCGAUGUGGUCCAGCCCAACUUGACUUUGUCAGAUCAUCUUCUUCACGGUCACUCUCCAUGGAUAGAUUUACCCGUCAUCUCU